UGUGGUUGAAACCUCUCUUCUGUUCCACUGCAAGAGGCUCCGGAGCAGAGGCACCAGAAUCAGCCCCCAACCCACAGCCCACGCAGCGCAGAGCGCACCCGGAGGCCCCAAGGGCCAUCGGGUGAGCAUUCGGUCUUUAGCCAUGGGGUCUGCAGCGUUGGAAAUUCUGGGUCUGGUGCUGUGUCUGGUAGGCUGGGUGGGCUUGAUCCUGGCGUGUGGGCUGCCCAUGUGGCAGGUGACUGCCUUCCUGGACCACAAUAUCGUGACGGCGCAGACGACUUGGAAGGGGCUGUGGAUGUCGUGCGUGGUGCAGAGCACCGGGCACAUGCAAUGCAAAGUGUAUGAGUCUGUGCUGGCGCUGAGCGCGGAGGUGCAGGCAGCUCGGGCACUCACCGUGGGCGCUGUGCUGCUGGCGCUUGUGGCACUCUUUGUUACCUUGACCGGCGCUCAGUGCACCACCUGCGUGGCCCCGGGCCCAGUUAAGGCACGGGUGGCACUCACGGGAGGAGCGCUUUAUGCCCUGUGUGGGCUUCUGGCACUGGUGCCACUCUGCUGGUUCGCCAACAUCGUAGUCCGGGAGUUCUAUGAUCCAACGGUGCCGGUGUCUCAGAAGUACGAGCUGGGCGCGGCGCUGUACAUCGGCUGGGCGGCCUCCGCACUGCUCAUGUGUGGCGGCGGCCUCGUGUGCUGUGGCGCCUGGGUUUGCACCGGGCGUCCAGAGUUCAGUUUUCCAGUCAAGUACUCAGCACCAAGGCGAACCACGGCCAACGGCGAUUACGACAAGAAGAACUACGUCUAAGGGCGGGAGGCACGGCGGGGCUCUUCCCGCAGCUAAGCCCGCGUUCGGAAAGACCGAUGUGGGAAGCCGCGUGUGGAUGACGACCACCGCUGAAUUGCGCAGCGCAGACUCCGAGGCAAGUUAGGUUGGGUUCGGGCCAGACUUGCGCGCUCUCACAGAGAGGGGUCGUUGAUCAACGCUAGCCAGGCCCUGCUCAGAACAGACUACAGGCUCUUGUGAGGACUUGACCGACCUUUUCUUCUAUGCGCAGUUGGCCACGACAUGGUGGAACUCUAAGAUUUCAUCGGUGAAGUAGCCACCAAACUGCCGCUAACAGUUCCUACUGAGUCCUGGGGAGUGCUGGAUGCUGCCUUAAUGUCCGGUGGUACCUGCUAACCUGAAAGGGCAGCUGGGGAAACCCUGGGGCUGCCAGAGGAAUGCGUUAAAAAGGGCAUUUUUCUUGUUAGUGGAGAGGAACCUACUGAACCAAAGGACUUGCCCUGGACCUGGUCUCAUUCCAGCAGUCCCCCAAGGUGAGGGGGCCUGUAGGUACCAGAGCCUUAGAAGGGUUGCCUUCCUCCUCGAAGCUUGGGGUUUGGGGGGUGGGCCGGGUAAGACUUUGCUUAGUAAAUGGUUUGAACACUUUCAA